CUCGGUCGUAGUUGAGAAGCGCCGGAGGAGAAGAUGAAGCUGAAGCAAUUAGAAGGCUUGUUGGGUGAUCUUCAACAAUUCUCUCAUCCUAAAGUUGAAUUGGAGCAGUACCCAACUGGUCCUCACAUUGCUUCUCGCAUGCUUUUCACUGCAGAGAACUCAUAUGGAGACAUAACUGAUAAAGUUGUUGCGGAUUUUGGUUGUGGCUGUGGUACACUAAGUGCUGCUGCUUCUCUUCUAGAUGCUGCCUCUGUGAUUGGAUUUGAUAUCGACCCUCAAUCUCUUGAAACAGCAACACUAAACGCAGAGGAGCUUGAGGUGGAGAUAGAUUUCGUUCAGUGUGACGUUACAAAGUUAGAGUUAAAAGGCCAGAUUGUGGAUACUGUUGUAAUGAAUCCUCCCUUUGGUACACGAAAGAAAGGAGCUGACAUGGAGUUUCUCUCCGCGGCUAUGAAGGUCGCCUCUCAAGCUGUUUACUCCUUGCAUAAGACAUCCACCAGAGAACACAUUAAAAGAGCAGCGUUGCGUGAUUUUAAUGCGAAAAGUGCUGAAGUUAUAUGUGAGCUCCGGUAUGACUUGCCGAAACUCUACAAGUUCCACAAACGCAAAGAAGUUGAUAUUGCGGUUGAUCUCUGGCGAUUUGAGCCUAGACAGAACUAGACCGCCACGAUCAUGCAAUGUUUAGCUUUGAGUUAAGAUUUGUUUUAUGCUGAAGGAUUUAUGUUAUGAACUCAAGUUUUAAUAAAUGUUUGUUGACAUACUCGUUUGAUGAUAAGAAGAUGAAUCUGAA